AUGACCUCGCAUUCUGAUCUUUUGGACGGCAUAUUUGUUCGCCUUGGUAGCAAAGUAGAGGAGACUCGAGACCAGGCAUCGGUGGAUCUCCAGACCUACAUCAACUCGUAUAGCCAAGAAUUUCCCGGAGAUGAUUCAAAGAAGAACGUGUGGAAGGAUGUCUUCCACAGGACGUUUGAUCUGACGAGGAGCAACUAUGUCAACGACAAGCUAGGGGCGAUUCUUGCAAUUGAUGCCAUGCUCCAACCCACAAAUGAGGACUCUCCCGAGCGCGCGUUGAAUAACAAUAUUCGUCUCUAUGGCUACCUCCGACCUCUACUCACGUAUCCCGACUCCAAGGUCAUGACCAACGCAGCCAAUGUCGUUGGUAACAUGGUCCAGAUUGCCGGCGUCAACCUCGGAGAGUCGUUCUUCACCAAGGAGGUUGGCCAGGCCCUCCAGAUGAUUGACGAUUCCCGACAAGACGUCAGCCGCUUCAGCGCCGUCCUUCUCCUUCACCAGUUUGCGAUCCAUGCUCCCGGUCUCUUCCAUCCCUUUGUCCCGCGUGUUCUCGAGAAGAUCUGGGGCCCGUUGAGGGACAGCAGGACCAUGGUGCGCGAGCGUGCACAGAUGCUUUUGUCGGCGUGUCUUGAUAUUGUCAAGACGCGUGAGAGGUCGAGCAGCGAGACUUAUCGGUCGAUCUUUGAGGAGGCCAAGAGCGGUCUCCUCAAGGCCAACUCUGUGGACACGAUCCUCGGUUCUCUGCUCGCGUUCAGUGCAAUGCUCCAGAACCAACAGAUUUCCAUGGGAGAGUUCUACAGGUCCAUCUGCGAAAUCACACUCAAGUACCGUGACAGCAAGGACACCGUUAUCCGCAAGGCCGUCAUCACCCUGAUUCCCAGCAUGGCAACGUACGACAGCGACGAGUUUGAGGUUCACUACCUUCACCGCAGUAUGGCCUACCUUCUGCAGGCGCUGGGCAAGCCCACCGACCGCGACAUUGCGUAUGUCGCCCUUGGCCACUUGGCCGUGCAGCUUGCCUCGAAGACUCGUCCCUUUAUCGAUGACAUUGUCAAGAUCAUCAAGGAGCACCUUCGCAUGCGUGGCAAGAAGGGCGCACCUUUUGAGGCCCCCAUCUUCCAAUGUCUGGCGAUGCUCACGACUGCGGUCGGCCCGAUGCUCACUCGUCAAAUGCACGACAUUCUCGACCUCAUGUUCCCCUGGGGCCUCUCCGAAGCUCUGUACCAUGCUCUCGAGGUGAUCUCGAGCCACAUCCCCCCUCUCCUCCGAACUAUUCAAGAUCGCUUGCUCGAGGUCCUUUCCAUCAUCCUCACUGGCCACUCCUUCCGGCCACUCGGCGCACCGGUACCACGCGGGAAACUGACCGACAUCACGAGCAAUGCGGUCUUGCUUGCUUCUGGUGGUGGACAGUCGGCAGACACGAUCGCGCUGGCACUCAAAGUCCUUGGUAACUUUGACUUUGGCGGCCACACCUUGAACGAGUUUGUCCGCGAGGCUGCCCUUCCUUAUUUGGAGCACGACAGCCCCGAGGUCCGCAAGGAGGCUGUCCUCGCGUCUACCCAGCUCUUCAUCAACGAUCCUAUUUGCAACCAGACCAGCGCGCACUCCAUUGAGAUUGUCAACGACGUGCUCGAAAAGCUGCUCGCAGUCGGCAUUACGGAUCAGAAUGUGGAGAUCCGCCAGGCUGUUCUGCAAAACCUGGACGAGAAGUUUGACCGCCACCUUGCGCAGGCCGAGGACAUUCGCUGCCUGUUCGUUGCGCUCAACGAUGAAGAGUUCAAGAUUCGCGAGCUGGCGAUUGGCAUCAUUGGUCGUCUGGCGCACCACAACCCGGCCUACGUCAUGCCGUCGUUGAGAAAGUCGCUCAUCAACCUCAUCACUGAGCUCGAGUACUCGACCAACAACAGGCAGAAGGAGGAGAGUGCCCGUCUUCUGUGCCUCCUUAUUGGUGCUUCGUCGAGCCUUGUCAAGUCGUACGCUUCGACCAUCCUCACAGUCAUCUUGCGCAUUGCCCGCGCGGCCGAUACUCCCAACGCAGUCACCGCCUCGUGCGUGACCUGUAUUGGCGAACUCGCGCGUGUGGCGGGUGAAGAGCUCGUGCCCAACGUCAAGAGCAUUCUCGACCUGCUUAUCGAAAUGCUCGAUGACCAGGCAUCGACGAUCAAGCGCAAUGCAGCUCUCAAGACGCUUGGCCAGGUCGUCUCGAACACUGGAGAGGUGAUUUCCCCCUACCUCGACCACCCGACUCUGCUGCCCAUCAUCUUCCGCCUUCUCCGCAGCGAGACGUCGCAGGCCAUUCGCCUGGAAGCCAUCAGGACCAUGGGUAUGCUUGGUGCCCUCGACCCGUUCAAGCACAAGCUGCUGCAACAAGUGUCCGACGACGGCAACCCCGAGACUUCGGGCCCACGCCCGACGGAUAUCACGCUCCUGAUGAGCUCCCAGGGCCCAUCCAACGACGAGUAUUACCAAACAGUGGUCAUCAACGCGCUCGUCAACGUUCUCAAUGACGCCAACAUGAAGGAGCACCACUACGACGCCAUCAACUCGGUCAUGCUCAUCUUUAGGACCCAGCGCCUGAAGUGUGUCUCGUUCCUGCCCCAGAUUCUGCCCGCGUUCCUCAACGUGAUCCGUCUGGGUAGCCGCGACUCGCAAAAUGUCUUCCUCAAACAGCUCGCCCAGCUCAUCACGAUUGUCAAGCAGCACAUUCGCAACUAUCUCGGCGACGUGUUUGCGCUUGUUCACGACUUUUGGAACCCCAACUCGACGUUGCAGAUUACCAUCAUUUCGCUCGUCGAGGACAUUGCGCGUGCCGUUGAGGGCGAGUUCAAGGCCUACCUGCCGCAGCUCUUGCAGCAGAUUCUGCGUUCGUUUGACGGCGACCUCACUGCUCGUCACCUCUCGGGCCAGCGCCUCGAAACCCUGCUCCACAUUCUCCGCGCGUUCUACGCCUUUGGCUCGAGUAUUGAGGACUACCUCCACCUUGUCCUGCCCGUCAUUGUCCGCAGUUUUGAGAACCCGUCUGCUCCGACCGAGCUCCGCAAGGCCGCCCUCAACACUACGGCACAGCUCUGCCGCAAGGUCAACUUUAGCGACCACGCCUCGCAGAUCGUUCACCCGCUGAUCCGUACCUUGGGUACCACCGACAUUGAGCUCCGCAACACGGCCAUGGACACGCUCUGUGUCCUUGUCCUUCAGUUUGGCACCGACUACGCCAUCUUCAUCCCCAUGGUCAACAAGGCGCUUUUGGAGAACAAGAUCGUCUGGCCCACGUACGACAACCUCGUCACCAAGCUGCUCAACCGCGAGAGGCUGCCGCCAGACCUUGGACCUGUGGAGCAGUACGCUGCUGACAAUGCGAUCGAGGCUGCUGCCGCUGAGCAGGGAAAGCUCCCCGUCAACCAAAUGUCGCUCAAGGCGACAUGGGACUGCUCAAACGUGACGACGCGCAAGGAGUGGCUCGAGUGGCUCAAAAAGCUCGGUGUCGAUCUCAUGCGCGGAUCACCAUCACAGGCCGUUCGCGCGUGUGCCAACCUCGCCGACCAGCACACUGCGUUUGCCCGCGAGCUGUUCAACGUCGCGUUCGUAUCGUGCUGGACCGAGCUGUUCGAGUCGUACCAGGAGGACCUGGUCCACAACCUCGAGCAGGCGCUCACCAACCCUGGUGUCCCGUCCGAGGUCGUAAACGCCAUCCUCAACCUUGCCGAGUUUAUGGAGCACGACGACAAGACCCUGGCGAUCGAGCCCCGUCUGCUUGGUGACUACGCUACCGCGUUCCACGCGUACGCCAAGGCUCUGCACUACAAGGAGCAAGAGUUCUUCGUGGACGCCUCGACCGCUGUUGUCGAGGACCUCAUCAGUGUCAACCAAAAGCUCCAGCAGAGUGAUGCGGCUUGGGGAACACUCGAGUACGCCCAGAACAACCUCCAAAUGACCCACGAUGUGCUUUGGUAUGAAAAGCUUGGUCGUUGGGAAGAGGCACUCGAGGUCUGGAACGAGCGUGCCCUGGACCCCGACACGACGUACGACGAGGAGAAGAUCACCAUGGGCAAGCUGCAGGCCCUACAUGCCCUGGGCGAGUGGGAGGAGUUGUCCGACUGCGUCCAGAUCCGCUGGCCCAACGCCGCUCAAGAGGAGAAGAAGCUCAUUGCACCCCUGGGAGCGGCCGCAAGCUGGGCCCUGUACCAGUGGGAUCUCAUGGACGACUACAUUUCGGCCAUGAAGAACGACUCUGCCGACCGCAAUUUCUUCAAGUCGAUCGUCGCCGUCCACCGCAACCAGUUUUCGUCUGCCAUGCGGCAUAUUCUCAAGGCGCGCGAACGCCUCGAUGCCGAGCUCACAACUCUUACAGGCGAGAGCUACGGACGCGCCUACGACGUCAUUGUGCGCGUACAGAUGCUCUCCGAGCUUGAGGAGAUCAUCUCGUACAAGGACCACGCCGAUCAGCCCGAACGCCAGGCAACGCAGCGCAAGACGUGGCAGACUCGUCUCGAGGGAUGCCAGCGCGAUGUCGAGGUUUGGCAGCGUAUCCUCCAGCUCCGCUCACUCGUCCUUACCCCGAGCGAGGACAUGGACACGUGGAUCCACUUUGCGGACCUGUGUCGUACUUCGGACCGCCUCAACCUUGCCGAAAAGACGCUUACAAGUCUGGUGGGCAGCUCGUGCUCCAACCUCGACGCCGAGAGCCGGUCACGCGCACCCCCGCCAAUCGUGUUUGCGUACUACCGCCUCAAGUGGGCUCAGGCGACUGCCAACGACUCGAGAGACGAGCGCCACGAGACGCUUGGGUACCUGCGCGACUUUACUACCACCCUCUCAGACGACAUGGGUCUGGGUGCAAGGGAUAGCCAGGGUCACCUCAUCCUUCCGGACGCCAAGCUCUAUGGCGAGUACACCAAGCUGCUUGCGAGGUGUCACGUCGAAUUGGGUCAGUGGCAGGCCGCUAUCAGUGACAGCAGCUAUACCACCGACCCCUCGGCUGUGCUGCACGACUAUGCGCUUGCUACGGAGCUCGACCCGACGUGGUACCAGGCCUGGCACACUUGGGCUCUGGCCAAUUUCGAGGUCAUCACGAGCCUUGAAGUGUCGCAGCAAGGCCUGUCGUCUGGUCACUUUACGACGUACAUUAUCCCGGCUGUCGAGGGUUUCCUGCGGUCCAUUGCACUCUCGCCCGGCAACUCGCUCCAGGACACGCUCCGUCUCCUCACCCUCUGGUUUACAUAUGGAUACCAGCACGGCGUCAACCAGGCCAUUGCUCAGGGUAUGGCCACUGUCAACAUUGAUGUGUGGCUCGAGGUCGUGCCGCAGAUCAUUGCGCGUAUCCAGACGCCUCGCCAGACAAUCCAGCAGCUCAUCGUCCGCCUCCUCCACGAUAUCGGUCGCGCACACCCUCAGGCUCUCAUCUACCCGCUUACCGUCGCCUCCAAGUCGAACGUCGCGAGCCGCAAGGCCGUCGCACAGGGUAUCAUGGCCAAGAUGCGCGAGCACGCAGCGACCAUUGUCGACCAGGCCGACCUGGUUUCCACCGAGCUUAUCCGUGCGGCCAUUCUGUGGCACGAGCAGUGGCACGAGGGUCUCGAGGAAGCGUCCAAGCACUACUUUGCCGACCACAACGAAGAGGCCAUGUUUGAGGUUCUGGAGCCUCUGCACGACAUGAUCGAAAAGGGCCCCGAGACGCUCCGCGAGACUUCGUUUGUGCAGAGCUUUGGUCACGAGCUCCGCAUGGCACGCGACUUUUGCCGUCGUUACAAGCUUCAUGGCGACACCAACGACCUCAACCAGGCUUGGGAUAUCUACUACUCGACGUUCCAGCGUCUCGCGCGCCAGCUCAAGUUGCUUACCGUUAUCGAGCUACAGUACGUCUCGCCCAAGCUCAUGGCUGUCCGCGACCUCGACCUUGCCGUGCCAGGCACGUACCAGUCGGGCAAGCCCGUCAUUGGCAUCUCGUACGUCUUGCCGACGUUUACGGUCAUUUCGUCCAAGCAGCGUCCCCGUCGGUUCACCAUGCGCGGCCGCGACGGCAAGGAGUACACGUUCAUCCUUAAGGGUCACGAAGACUUGCGUCAGGACGAGCGUGUCAUGCAACUCUUCGGUCUCGUCAACACGCUCUUCAGCGCCGACCAGGAGAGUGCCAAGCGCCACCUCAGCAUCCACCAGUUCUCCAUCACCCCGUUGUCACCUGGUGCCGGUCUGAUUGGAUUCGUGCCGCACAGUGACACCUUGCACACCUUGAUCAAGAGCUACCGUGACUCGCGCAAGAUCUUGAUCGAUAUCGAGAACCGUCUCAUGAACCAGAUGGCCGACGACAACUAUGACACCCUGCCGCUCAUGCACAAGGUCGAAGUGUUCCAGUACGCCCUGGACAAUACCACUGGUCAGGACCUGUACCGCAUCCUCUGGCUGCGCAGUCGCAACUCGGAGUCGUGGCUCGAGCGCCGUACCACCUACACCCGUUCGCUCGGUCUCACGUCCAUGGUCGGAUACAUUCUCGGUCUCGGAGAUCGCCACCCGUCCAACCUCAUGCUGGACCAGAUCACUGGUGAAAUCGUCCACAUUGAUUUCGGAGACUGCUUCGAGGUCGCCAUGCAGCGCGACAAGUAUCCCGAAAAGGUGCCCUUCCGACUCACCCGCAUGCUCAUCCACGCCAUGGAGGUGUGUGGAAUCACGGGCACAUUCUCGCGUUCGUGCGAAGUGUCCAUGGAGGUGUUGCGCGAGAACAAGGAGUCGCUCAUGGCUGUCCUCGAGGCGUUUGUGUACGACCCAUUAAUCAACUGGCGUCUCACGGCCGCCAACAACCAGCCUGGUGGACGACAGGCGGCACAGGAUGUAGAGGAGAGGCAGGGCGGUGGAUACGUCGGCCCAAGAGGCGCGGCGAGGGCGGACGAGAGGGAUAUUCUUGGUGAAGCCGACAGGCCAGAACAGAUGAACGACAAGGCCCUCCAGGUCGUCGAACGCGUCCGUCGCAAGCUCACCGGACGCGACUUCAAACCAAACGUCACACUCGAUGUCAAGGAACAGGUCGAAGAACUCGUCUCCCAGGCAACCAACGUCGAGAAUCUAUGCGUUGCGUUUGUCGGGUGA